GAUGAUGAAACACAGAUGAACUUCAAUCCAAGAGAAGGUGCUGAAAUACCUACAACUCUCAUCCCAUCACCACCUCGUCAGCAGGAGCAGGACAUUCCCGAAGGAGUCAACCCCACAAGCCCCCAGCGCCAGGAGCAUGGUAGGGACGAAUUUGCUGAGCGGAGGGAGGAACAAAACAUACCGGACAGAGAGGAACAAGAUAGACCACAGCCAGCAAAAAAAAGAACAAGAAAGACAGCUACCUUAGAAAUGGAUUAUGAGCAGACUAUUAUCGCUGGUCAUGUUUACCAGUCAUGGCUCCAGGAUACUUCUCACAUUCUCUGUAGAGGGGAAAAGAGAAAGGUUCAGAUUAGUGAACGCCUUGGCCUUUAAUGUACUCAGGGUGCUCAUGUUGGCCUUACAUCUGGCAUCAUUUUGUAGGUUCG